UAAUGCAUUGUCUUAUAAGGCUCCGUUGGUUCCCUAAAACAAGCGUUGGAGCUUCUGCUAAAGUCAUACAAGGUUAUGGUCUGACACAAGUAGGACUCACUGAGGAUUUCCAGACGAAGACAAACUUUCGCAUAUUCCAAGGUUUCAGACAGUUGCAUAGUGGAGUACCUACACUCGUGGAAGAGGAUAGACGAGGUUUGGCUUCAACUUGGAAGAGACUAGUACGUUGGAAACUUCCAGUAACAAGUGUAUUGAAGCUUUUGAGGGGCAAAUCGACCUCCGAAGCUGCAGCAGUUCCUUUCCAGACAGUGGAAGUUAAACCAGCGAGACUUUCUACGGUUCUGAAAGAACUCGCCAAGUAUACUUGGCCAAAAAAUGAUCCUACUUUACGCAAACGUGUCGGAAUUUCAAUGGGACUGUUGGUUAUUUCAAAGUUGCUCAACGUGGAAGUACCCUUUCUUUUCAAACACGUCGUGGACAGUCUUAAUGUUCCCGUAACCCAAGCAGGAAUGCUUUCGAUAUUUCCAGUUGCGGCUUUAUUAGGUUAUGGUGUUGCUCGUGUAACUGCAAGCUUUACUAAUGAACUGAGAAACGCGAUCUUUUCGAAGGUUGCUCAGAAAGCUAUACAAGACGUUGCGGUUAAAACUUUCAGGCAUAUUCACAGUUUGGAUAUGAAAUUUCACUUUAGCCGGCAAACGGGUGCACUAACUCGUUCUAUCGACCGAGGUCAAAAGGGAAUCGACUUUAUAUUACGUUCCUUAGUUUUCAAUGUUUUACCAACCAUUGCCGAGUUGAGCCUAGUUUGCGGUCUUUUGGCAUAUCAUUGUGGUUCGGGUUACGUGUGGUUAACUGCUACCACUAUGGGGUCGUAUGUUGCCUAUACCUUGGCAGUUACUCAAUGGCGCACAAAGAUAAGAAAGGAAAUGAAUGCAGCAGAGAAUAUGGCCAAUAAUAAGGCUGUUGAUUCAUUACUUAACUAUGAGACAGUUAAAUAUUUUAAUGCUGAAGACCUGGAAACAAAGCAGUAUGACAAAUUUUUGGCAAAAUAUGGAGAGGCACAUUAUAAAACACAAGGAACUUUGAGUCUUUUGAAUUUUGGACAGAAUGCAAUUUUUUCAGUUGGUUUGACAGCGAUUAUGUGGAUGGCAGCUAAAGAUAUUGUUGCUGGUACAAUGACUGUUGGUGACCUUGUAAUGGUCAAUGGUUUAUUGUUCCAACUUUCGAUACCUUUAAACUUUCUGGGUUCUGUUUAUCGUGAAGUCCGACAAAGUUUGGUGGAUAUGGAGGCAAUGUUUGGCAUCUUGGCUGUGCGUCCACAAGUUGAGGAUAGUAACAGACUGCCUGCUUUGAUCCUUCCGCGUAGUGGGGGCAAGAUUUCUUUGGAUAACGUUACAUUCGGAUACUCGAAUGAGCGAGAAGUAUUACGAAACCUUACUUUUGAGGUACCUGCAGGGCGAACAGUUGCAAUUGUGGGACCCAGUGGUUGUGGCAAAAGUACAGUUCUGCGUCUAUUAUAUCGAUUCUAUGACCCUUCAAAAGGUAGAAUAUUAAUCAACGGUGAAGAUAUUCGCAAUUUCAAUGUGGAGUCGUUACGAAGCCAUAUUGGAGUAAUACCACAAGAUACUGUUUUAUUCAACGAGAGUAUAGCUUAUAAUAUUGCAUAUGGGAAGCCCAGUGCUUCGAUGGAUGAAAUUAUAACUGCAGCAAAAGCAGCAUCCAUUCACAACUCUAUCAUUCGAUUACCUCAAGGAUACGAUACUUUGGUUGGAGAAAGAGGUCUGAAAUUAUCAGGAGGUGAAAAACAAAGAGUAGCAAUAGCUAGAACUAUUUUGAAGGAACCUUCGAUUUUGUUAUGUGAUGAAGCUACGAGCUCUUUGGAUACUUCCACUGAACAAGAGAUCUUAAGCUCGCUUCGAGAAAUUUCUCAAAAUAGAACUUGUGUAAUGAUUGCUCAUCGCCUCAGCACCAUUGUAGAUGCUGACGAAAUUAUCGUUUUAAUGAAUGGAGAGGCUGCGGAGCAAGGUUCCCAUUCGAGUUUGCUAGCUAAGAGAGGUGUCUAUGCUGAUAUGUGGUCCCUUCAACAAAGCGAGAGUCUUUCAGUCAGAAGUAACAAUGUCGCAAGCGGAGACAUUUAGUUGAUUUUUGGUAUUGUCGUUUGCGAAUAGGUUCUUUGGAGAAGAGAUUUGUCCAAGACAAGAAAGAGAAGAAAUCCCGUUUCGAAUUGGAUGUUUAAAUAGUAUAAUUUGUUGUUCUUUGAAAUACACAAGAAAGAACUGGGCUUGUUUAGUUUUGAUGGCAACUUUGAAUCAGUGUAGUUGUAUUUGCUUUGGUGACCUCAGAACUUGAAGCUUUUUUUUCUACUAGAUGAUUCUAUCUAAACUUCGUAAAUAUAAGAGUACCUUUUCAUUUUUUCAACAUAUAGCAUAGUGAUGACCUGAAACGAAAUAAAAAAUAAGUUUAGACAGCAAAUUCGCUUAUCCAAGUGUUAUCGAUUCCUCUACAACGAGAUGAAAUCGAAUAUCAGUUUAUGCAAAUGAGGAAGGAUAAUCCACAUCGAAACAGUGUUACGAAAGCACAAGUUUAGCUUUUGUUGUGUCUCAAUGAGCUUUCUCUUUUGUCGGUGCAGCAAUGUAGCUGGAUGGGAGAAUAUUUCAAAACUAUGCAUUCGCAAAAGCUUGAAAUAACAGGAACCAUAAUAUUGAGUAGCACUUUGCAUCGUCUUCUCGUAGAGUAAAAUAUUCAAGAAAUGGCCAUGUUACAUAUAGAAAAUAAAGUUUGUUAAAUGAAU